UCCGGCGUGGCCAUUUUCGUUGCUGGUGUUAAGUUGUGGUGGUUGCUGGUCAGUAACAGCCGAGAUGCUGCGGAAUCUGCUGGCUCUCCGUCAGAUUGGACAGAGAACCAUAAGCACUACUUCCCGCAGGCAUUUUAAAAAUAAAGUUCCAGAGAAACAAAAACUGUUCCAGGAGGAUGAUGAAAUUCCACUGUAUCUAAAGGGUGGGAUAGCUGAUGUCCUCCUGUAUAGAGCCACCAUGGUUCUUACAAUUGGUGGAACAGCAUAUGCCAUGUAUCAGCUGGCCGUGGCUGCAUUUCCCAAGAAGCAGGAGUGACUUCAAUCAUCCCAGCAAUCACUUGGUUCAGUUUCAUUCCGCUCUCUAUGGACCAGUAAUCUGAUAACCGAGCUCUUCUCUGGGGAUCAAUAUUUAUUGACUUGUAGUAAGUGCUGCCAAUAAAGCAGUCUUUACCAUGAAAAAAAAUAAAAAAUAAAAAAUAAAAAUAAAAAAUAAA